AGUCGCAACAACACGACAUAUUCCUCUCUCUACGCACUACCGCCGCGACUCCGUUCUCCAUUCGCGAAUCCACCGGAAGCGAGCCCCCGAUUUCUCGACUUCGUCGGCGACCGACCGGGGUCCAGAACCCUAACCCUAACCCUAGCGAGGAAGAAGGCGGCGGCGGCGGCCGGAGGGGGGAGAUGGUGUACUACGCGCUGUACUGGUGGGCGGACCUGGACAACCUCACCAACCUGCAGCCCCGCUACGGCUGCGACGACCCGACCUACCCCUACUACUUCAAGCUGCGGUGCGAGAACUGCGGGGAGGUCAGCGCCAAGGCAACCUGCGUCUCCCUCGGCGAGGUCGUCGACCUGCCCAACGGACGCAGCACCGCUAACCUUGUCCAGAAGUGCAAGCUUUGUGGGAGGGAUGCAUCGAUUGUGAUGAUUCCUGGGCAGGGGACACCACUGACUAUGGAGCAGAGCCAAAAAGGAGAUAGAACUUGUUUGAUGGUCUUUGACUGCAGAGGCUGUGAACCUAUUGAUUUCGCUUUUGGUAAUGGCUGGAAGGCUGAAUCUCUGGAAGGGACUUCAUUUGACAUUGACUGCUCUGAAGGUGAGUUUGCUGAUUACGAUGAGAAGGGGGAGUGCCCUGUAGGUGUGGGCAAGCUGCGGUCAGAAUUCAGAGUGGUGAAGAAGCAGGAGAGUCGUGGGAAGACUAAAUAUGUCUAGAUCCAGCGGCAUCUGGGGUAUUCAAUCAUACAAGCUGGGAAUGUAUAAAGCGUAUUAUAAAAUGAGACCUUUCUCUCGUAUGUGUGAACAAAACUCGGGAACAUCCUUUUGCUGAUGCUGUGGGAUGCCAAUGGAUUUGGCGACAUGUUAGGCACCGAACCAUCCAUUAUUCCCUACCAGUUCCAUUAACCUGGAUCAUUUCGUGAAGUCUUGCACAUGUCUGAUAUCGAAUGUUUUACCCGUGUCUCUGAUGUUGAAGGUUC